CAACCACAAACCACCCACUGAGCCGAAGGCAGCAAAUCGAAACUCUUCAAUGAGUUCACCUUCAGAUAAAUAGUUUGUCGCCCCUUUUCUCUGAAGACAUAUUUUAAUCGUUUGGCGUCUUGCAAAAUGAAUGGUUCUCUGCAUUCCUCACCUAACGAGGUGGACAUAAAACUGAAGCGAGGACCGGCAGGUUUGGGAUUCAAUAUAGUUGGGGGCGUGGACCAGCAGUAUGUUGUGAAUGACAGUGGGAUUUAUGUGUCCAAAAUUAAAGAAGAUGGAGCUGCAGCAUUGGAUGGAAGACUCCAAGAGGGGGACAAGAUCCUGGCGAUCAAUGGGGUCAAACUUGAGGAACGGACACAUAAAGCUGCGGUGGAGCUCUUCAGGACAGCAGGGGAGGACGUGGAGCUCCGUAUUCUGAAAAAGUUUCCCCAUCACAUGAACGGACCCAUAGGCUCACAACCCGAGCACGAAUCUCCUGCCUUUUCUCUGGGAAUACUGGCUGCUAUCGCGGGAGCUGCAGCCAUCUUUGCAUUCUUUUACAUGCGGCACCAUAAGAAGCACUUUUAAUAAAGCCAACAUCUUUAUAUUAUUAUUAAGAUCAAAAACUUUGCUAAAGGCCAAAGAAGUGAAAGGGAACAAACUCAAAGCAGUAGAUGUUAUUUUUGUGAUUCGUAGGUGUUGGUGUCACUGAUGAGUUUCUCCCAUGUUCAUGUGUAUUAUGUGAUUAAUGGUAGCUUCUUGACACCCUUCCUAUGCAAAAGGAUGCUCUCUUACCACUGAGAUUACUUUAAUAGAAAACUUUGUGAUUGUAAGGAGAUAAAGAAGGAUGUACACAUGACAUUCCUGCUGCUGGACUGAGCUCAGGCAGAAACAAACAGCUGCCCCGUAGACAGAGGUUGUAUAUGCAAAAAAAACUUAAAUCUGUGGGUCAAGUCAGAGUCCAUUUACAAACUGAAAGACGGUGUUGUGUGCAGUCACUCGUAGGCCUCUCUGUAACUCCAUCGCUGAAUGGUGGAUCUGUCCGAGGGGCGACUGAGAGAAACCCACUGUAUUUUCAGUUUGUUAGUGUUCAAAAUUCAUGCAACUGGGUUUGAUUUUCUUUUUGCACCAUUGCACAGGAUCAUGGGAGGAGUGGCAUCCUGCCAUAGUCCAUAGAUUGAGCUGUGGGAUUGAAAAAGUCUCCGGUAAUGUGAUAAAUUGUGUAAUGGACUUUAGAGUGCCUUUUCUGUCUGUUUCCAAGUUCUGGUGGUGUUGAGUUCAUGUUACUCCUGAUCAUGUUCAAAAUGAAAAUCAACCCACUACGUCCAUUAAUACAUUAAAUUUAAGGAUGUGACUGCCUAUAAUCUAUAUUUUCUUAUUGUCAACAAAUCCUGUAAAAAGUAACGUGUUAGUUUUUCUCUCAAUACUUUCUGGAUUGAUACACAGAUGGUGCUCUAUGGUAUUUACAGUAGCACGGUGUGUGUAAUCUUCAGUCAAAGUAAACUUCAGUGCCCUUGUUCAUUGUAGUGAAGGAACAUGUCACUCAACAAUUAAGAGGAAUAAGAUAUAUCACGCUUGUUAGUAAAAAAUCAAUUCAUUGUUGCUUUUGGUCUUUUAAUGGGAUAUGUUGACAGUAAGAAUCACCAGAUUCAUCCUUUUAUAGCAAAAUACACUUGUUUAAAGUAUCACUAAGUAGUUUCACUUUGAAGAGUUUAUUAUAAAGUGUAUGUUUAUAGAAGGUCACUCGGGGUGAACCAUUAAAUCUAAAACAAACAAAUACAUCAUUCCUUAAAUGUGUAUCGUGUGUUGAGCAGCUCAUUUCUUAAAGCUCAGUCACAGCUGAAGGCUCUGCCUUUUUUAAACAUUCUUCCUAAUUUUGCUUUGUGGCCAGUGCUUGAAAUCACACCUUCUGCUAAGUGAUUUAUCUUUUGGGUUGAAUAUGAAAUACGGAGUAUGUUGUGAUAGAGUUGCUUAUUUGUGUGAAGGAUCAUCAUCCAGUUCACUUUAAAGGAGAGUUUUUUUUGAAGAAGUUAGUUGCUGUCAAAGGUUUUUGCACUAGCCACAAUCAUGGAUGUCCUCAUGUAACGGCCAUAGAGCAGACGAAUAAGUGAGUUGUGUGUGCUGGGUGUAUUUAUUCACAUUUGUCGGUCUGCAGAUACUAUCGUGCAAUUGUCUCUGACUGUAUGUGGGACCUUGUUGUCUGUAAAUACAUUUCAUGUCGCUCUGCUGAGCGGAAUGUGAAUAUGUGCAUGUAUGCCAGAAAAAUCCAUCAGAAGCACUAAUUUUGCAAAUUUUGUUAUGUUUUACAUCCAAGCACCUACUGUAUUAAAAUACAUGUUGAAGUCA